UUUCUUCAUAUUAAUUAUCAGGUUUUUUCUCCAGUUUUUAUAUUGAAAAUUAUUUCUGAACCCAUAAAGACUUGUUAAGACAUCACUCUAGAAUCCCCAAUAUUUAUUGUAGUUGUUAUAGUAACAGUGGAACCUAAGUGUUUUUCAGACAUUAUUCAGCUUUUUAUACCUAGGCAGAAACAAUUUCAGAGGAAAGGUAAACCCACAGCCCCAGUUUGGGAAUGAGGUUCCAAUUUCCUAAAUCAUUUGUGGUUAUAGUGAUGGAUACCAUCUUGUUUGGCACCUGGUCCACAUCUUUCCCAAAGCCUCUAUAAGAGGGAGUAGAGGGCAGCCUGGGAGACCUCAUCAAGAGCCAGAGGAGGGUCUGAAUGACCUGGAGGGUAGUUCCAAAGCACUAUGUUGCUACAAUUCCUCUUCAGCAGUAGUGUGAUCAAACACUCAUAGGAAAGUCAGAAGAAAGAGCAGAUGUGUAUAGAGGAAGAAAGUUGUGUAGUCGAAAAACAGGGCUGUUACUCUUGAGUUGUGCAGAGAACUGUGUUAACAGUAGAGCUUUGUGCCGUUGCCAGAGUGUGAAAGAGGGAACCUGUGUUACUCUGAGACUCAUCACCUGCCCUGCCUAUGUCUAGCCAGCCAAAGUGAAUGGGGCCAGGCUUAGCUGCCUUCAUCUAUGCAGUCACAAAGGUAAAGAUGAUACUGGCGAGGAUAUUCCCUCCCGGGAGGCCUUGGCCUCACGCCCCAGCAACCUUGGCAAGACUUGCUAAAUAACACCUUUGUCUGGGACAGGGUUAUGCAUCUUCCCCUCUUCUACACCCUCAUGACAAGUCAAGGUGGCUUAAGAUCAAGAAGCAAGGACAAUGAAUGUGGACCAUCCCUCUGAGCAACUCUAAAGUAGGGCCAUGCACACGGCCUUCCUGUCAGAGCCCUAGAGAAUAAGAGACGCUCGCUGCUGGUGAGAGAGGGUAUGGCCAGGAUUCCUGGAAUUGGAAGAUCUUCAGCUUCACCAUCUUUGGAGAACAAGGAAGAACAUGAAAGAGAUGUGGCCCUUCUUAGUCGAAAGGAUCCUGACAGAGGACGCACAGAGGAGCAGCUGGCACACCCGGAACCCUCCAACCUUGACCCAAGCAUGCAGGCCCCGCCUUGCAGCCUCCCCGCUGGGCUGAGCCUGGAUGACUUCAUCCCUGGCCAUCUCCGGGCCCACAGAGGGUCAUCCUCCCGGGGGGCACGGGUGCCUGUGAUCCGGAAUGGUGGCUCCAACACCCUUAAUUUCCAGUUUCAUGACCCUGCGCCCAGGACCGUGUGCAAUGGGUACUUCCCCCAGAGGAGAGAUGCUUCCCGGCACCCAGACCCUGCUUGGUAUCAGACCUGGCCAGGUCCUGGGAGCCGGCCCUCUGGGAGCCAGAAGACCCCUGCCUCCCAGCAUCCCCAGAACUGGUCAGCUACGUGGACCAAGGACAACAAGCGUCAGGACAAGCGUUGGGUCAAGUACGAGGGAAUCGGGCCUGUGGAUGAGACCGGCAUGCCUAUUGCCCCCCGAUCUAGUGUUGAUAGCCCCAGGGACUGGUACCGGAGAAUGUUCCAGCAGAUUCACCGGAAAAUGCCAGACCUGCAGCUGGACUGGAACUUUGAGGAAUCACCCAAAGUGCCUUCCUCCUGUGCCGCCUCUACAGACUCAAGGCAUCCAGGGCCCCAGCAAAGACCAGUUGCCAGGCCGGGCCAGGCCUCUUCUCUGAGUGGGAACUCAUCACGCCAAAGAUCCACAGGUCAUAAUGCGAUGGAAAGUGGGGUGGCCCAUGGAAGAAGCUGGAACCCCUCCGAAGAGUUUCCUAGAAGUACCUUCAACUGUAAUCCUGGAGCACCCUCCUCCUUACACCAGACCCCAAAGCAGGUACCCAAACGCCAAGAGAAAGCAGACAAUGUCUGGACGGAAGAUUCUUGGAACCAGUUUCUGCAAGAACUAGAAACUGGACAGAAGCCCAAGAAACCACUAGUGGAUGACCCUGUUGAGAAGCCCUCCCAGCCCAUUGAGGUCUUGCUGGAGAGAGAGCUGGCCAAGCUGAGUGCGGAGCUGGACAAGGACCUGCGGGCCAUUGAGACCCGGCAGCCGUCCCCGAAGAGCUCCCAGGCGCCCCGACGGUCCCGGGAGCCGCGGCCCCCAGCGCGCCCGGCCUCCGCCUGGAGCACCAGCUCCCCGAAUGCACUUUACCAGGGUUCCUCCCGGCCUCUGAGCCCCCACAGAAUGGCGGAUGGAGCGAGCCCCUUCCUAGGUCGUAGGGACUUUGUCUACCCUUCGUCGGCCCGAGACCCUAAGGCCACUGAACGCGGGGCCAGCCCAGUCAGGAAGGAAGAGAAGAAGAGGAAAGCUGCCAGACUCAAGUUUGACUUCCAGGCACAGUCCCCCAAGGAGCUGACUCUGAAGAAGGGUGAUAUUGUCUACAUCCACAAGGAGGUGGACAAGAACUGGCUGGAGGGGGAACACCAUGGCCGGCUGGGCAUCUUCCCUGCUAAUUAUGUGGAGGUGCUGCCUGCAGAUGAGAUCCCUAAGCCCAUCAAGCCCCCCACCUACCAGGUGCUGGAGUAUGGAGAAGCUGUGGCCCAGUACACUUUCAAGGGAGAUCUGGAGGUGGAGCUGUCCUUCCGCAAGGGGGAGCGCAUCUGCCUCAUCCGCAAGGUGAAUGAGAACUGGUACGAGGGGCGUAUCUCAGGCACCGGGCGCCAGGGCAUCUUCCCUGCCAGCUACGUGCAGGUGUGCCGUGAGCCCCGGCUCCGGAUCAGUGACGAUGGUCCCCAGCUCCCCGCGUCACCGCGCCUGACCACCACCGCCCAUCUGGCUCGGCACUCCAGCUCCCCAUUGACACCACACAGCCCAGGUGAUCCCACCGACUGGGGGAGCCGGACCUCCCCCCGCCGCACUGGCUUCUCCUUCCCCACCCAGGAGCCCAGAGCCCAGACCCAGGGUCUCAGCACCCCUGGGUCAACUCUGUCCCAUCCUGGAGACUCCAGCCGUCCCCUGGACCUGGGGACCCCCACCACCACCACUCAGAUACACUGGACCCCGUAUCGGGCGAUGUACCAGUACAGGCCCCAGAAUGAGGAUGAGCUGGAGCUACAGGAGGGGGAUCGGGUGGAUGUCAUGCAGCAGUGUGACGACGGCUGGUUUGUGGGUGUCUCUCGGAGGACCCAGAAGUUUGGGACAUUCCCUGGAAAUUAUGUAGCUCCGGUGUGAGUCGUCUCCGUGGCAACUCAGAGCCCAGCCAGGAUGGGGUGUGGAGCAGUAGCACUUACAGGAAGGAAAGAGGAUCCCCCUCCAUCCUCUCCCCAAGACCCGAGCUGCUGGCAUCUGCAGACUACCCCAGCAACCAUUCUUUGGAGCCCCCCUCAAAGCCCCCUGGAACGCUUCCCACCCACAACUCACAAACAUUCCUCCAGCAGCCUUUUUAUUCCCCCCCUACCACACCCCUCAAAUAUAGAGGUCUGCUUUGAAGUGGAGACUGUUUCCAGGCCUUAUUGAGACCAGACCCUGGAGCCCCGCUCCCCCCUGCCCUGCUAUGGCGUUUCCUCUAACAGGGACUGGCUCCCAGCUUCACCCCCAUGGGGUUCCUCUACCCAGAACCAGCUUUCCUAACCUAACAGAGACCAAAGGCCGCCUCUGCCUGGGGGGGCGGCAGGGGGGAGUCCUCCUCUUUCACUCCAACUUGCCUGCUGCCCCCUUUGUCUUCCUGCUUCCAGCUGGGCUUGGGAGUGAAGUGGGAGAGAGACCCAGCACCUCUUUAGUGCCUAAGCCCUGGCAAGAGGCCUUGCCUGAACGCCCCCUCUUCCCAGAGGCUGCCCAGACCUGGGCCUGGGCCGUGCGUGUCAUCGUGUUGCUGCAGUGCCCAGGAAGGGCUGAGCCUCAGAGAACUGGCCGCCGCCCCAAGUGUUUUCUGGGGAGACUGAGGUGUGCUGCCCUCCUGUCUCACCCGCUCCUCCAAACCCCCAAAUCCCCCUUGGAAGAGAAUAUAAAAUAAAUCUGGAUACCAGGGA